AUGACUCUCAAGCAGCUCUGCAUCGUCUGUAAUAAGAGGUCUAUACAACAGAACUUGAUAAAGGUCAUAGGAGAGUUGCCGCUUCUGACGAACAUCGAAUUGGUUCACCGGCUCGAUGCCAAUUCCAUCUUCGAACCUAAUCCUAUCAAGUCCGCCAGAGUCAUUCCGCCCCCCGAGGUGCCUCCCAUAAUGCACCACCUCGUUCAGUUACGCCUCAUUGCGGAGCCCGUCUGGUCUGCAAAUAUCCUCAAUCAUUUUCACUUUCCGGAGCUUUCAAGUCUCGACAUUUUCUGCCAUGACAAUCCAAGGAAGAUGCGGGUGCUCGAGGCGGCCCUGCGUCCGAAGCUGUAUAGUUUGGGCAGAAUGGACACAGCUUGCGUCUGGGGAUUUGACCACGACGUGGUAUUCAUGGAGCUUCAGCGUACGGAGAAUGAAAUGGGACAUCUCGCCCUCUCUUACUCGCAGCGCAGAAAAAAUGGGAUUGCGUGGAAGCCCACGUCUUUGUGGAAUACUAUCCUCACGCUGCCUAUAGCAAGCGGCAUCUCCACGAUGCAUAUAACCGGGAAAGCCCCAGGCUUAUGGCAGGCCAUGUAUCACCUUUCCGCAGAAUGUUUCCCUCGCUUACAUCGCCUAGUACUCGAGAAGGUGAAUGUGCUUCAAACCACCCCUUGGGUCCCUUUGACACUCACAACUACUCUUGUCGGCGCAUUGUCGUUACGCGCUCGUGAAUGCAAGCGGCUAGCGACGAUCCACAUGGAUCACUGCCACUACGUCCAGGACGCCUCCUGCAUUUCGCAGCUGAAGAAUUUCACAGACUGGGUGUACUGGGUUAAUGUUGAUGGUACCGAAGAAGAGUGCAUUCCCCCACCUGUGCUGCCGUGGGUGAUGGCGAUCGAUCUUGAGACCUUGGAGCAGAUUAUGAGGGUUGCGCGAAAUGAUGCUCGUGAUUAG